AUGGACGCACACCCGACCGCAGAUGUGAAGACGAACUUGGGGGCCAUACUCCUCGGCGGGUUCAUAUCCAUGGCAUUGUCAGGCGUGGUGGCCUGUCAGGCGUUUCUCUACUUCCGCAUGUAUGGCGACAAGGACAAGCGGAGUGUGAAGCUGUUGGUGUAUCUGGUUUGGGCGCUUGAUGCUGUCCAUACCGCGCUCAUCGCUGCGUCCCUCUGGGACUACUUCGCCUUGUCAUUUGGAGAGCAGAAGACCGACUAUGUCAACGUCGAAACAGCGUUGACAGUCGCGUUCACUGCCACUAUCACUUUCAUUGUCCACCUGUUCUUCGCAUACCGCGUCCUGAGGCUCAGCAAGUACAACUGGUGGUGUACUGGACCGAUCACUGCGCUCGCCUUCUGUAGAUUGAUUGCUGCGAUUGUUUCGACGUACGAGCUCGCAUCGUUGGCGAGUUACAGCGCUUUCGCGGAGAAAGCCGGGUGGGUCUUCACCCUUGGUCUGGCGCUCUCCGCGACCCUCGACGUCCUCAUCACCGCGGCGAUGUUCUAUUACCUUCAGAUGAGCCGAACUGGGUUCGAGCGCAUGGACCAUCUCAUCGACACGCUGCUCCUGUACACGUUCAAUAACGGAGCGCUCACGUCCGUCGCCACUAUCGCUGCUCUCGUCUGCUGGCUCUGCAUGCGAUACAACCUGAUCUUUCUCGGGAUCCAUCUCUCAAUCGCCAAACUCUACGCAAUCUCUCUCCUCAUAACCCUCAACACGCGCUACUCGAUCCGUCAACGCGCGCGACUCUCAGAUCGAGAAGAGGACGGACACCAGCUGCCUGUCCUCGUACAUGGCACUCUCGGCCAUCGCAAGCGCUCCUUCGUCGCGCGAUUUCCGUCUGUGAAAGGUAGUGAGCGCCCCGUUGAGCCUACGAGCACGCAAGUCUCGGUCACUAUCGAGCGGUCGGUGCAUUUCGACCAUGUGGAUGGGGAUAUCACGGAGGCUGAUGAAGUGGGCGUGUCGCCGAGCUCUGAGGUGGACGAGUGCGAGAAGAGGAUGGCUCAGAUGUGA